AUGGCAGCACCUGAAGCGGACUUUCCCCUCUUUGUUCGUCUGCCUGUCGAGCUCCGGCUCCAGAUCUGGAAAGAAACCCUGCCCAAAUUCCAACGCCCUCUGUACUUCUACCAGGAAGGCUGUUGGGAGUCACACAAUACAGGGGAGAAUGAAAUAACCUUAAAAUUCAACCACCAUUUGCUAUAUCUUCAGUUGAACAUCCCGAUCAUCUCCGUCAAUCGCGAAGCAAGCAAAUUUACACUUCGUUGGAUGGAACAACAGGGGAUCAAACUAUAUCUCCAUGCAUCCAAGAAGUCUUUCGUUAUCCAACGCCCCUUUAAUCCAUGUACCGAUACGCUCUACGUACCGAAGAAGCAAUUCCACACGUUCUACUAUGAGCCACUGGGUGACCUGAUGUGUCAGGCAGGAUUCGAGAAUAUGACUAUUCGCUGCCCCGAGCCAGCCUUGAAGAAUCUCGCAAUUCCGUGGGAUAUCGCCAAAGACGAACCUAACCUUCUUGCUGACCUGUCCCAGAGCGGCUAUUAUAGUGGCGUUCAGAAGGUGGCUCUUGUUGUCAACACUCAAGCCAUACCACGGGGAAAUCAGGAUCUUGGAUCCCAGGAGCAGUGGGAGAUGAAGAGCGUCCUCGACAAUCAUACAUCUACGCGGCACAAUGGCGAUUGCCACUUUGAGGGGAUUGAAGGGGUGACAAAGAGUGCCAAGAAGCUUGGAUGGGACAACGAUCAGCAGCUCGAGGUCGAACUUUGCUUUGCUAGCCUGAUGUGA